AUAAUUCUGUUCGUAUCCAGCUCAAUAAAUUAGGCUCAUUGCAAUUAAGGCAUUAGUAGAGAUCAUCUGGCACUGUGAAUAUGUGAUAUAUAGUGUGUCUUUCCAUUUCUGAUUAACAGUCUAGUACUGGUAGUAGCCCUGAGAUCAAGUUGCAUUUAACACCAUCUAUACUGACUUGCUGGCAGCAUUCCCAAUCUGAAGGACAAACAGAGUCCUGUGAUAGCAGUGAAUGGAUGCAGUAUGAUGCCUUAUUGCCAUUUUCAUCUGGAAGGCUCAGGAUACCUCACUGAUAACAGACAGAACCUUGAGCUCCCUGCCCCCCAGGGGUCCACACCCAGGGCCAUCCUGGAUCCCAACACCAAAGAAUUCACAUCCACAGGGGUUGGCACAUCUAUCUGCAGGACCUUCAGUGUUGUAAAUCCCACCAACAAGCAAUACUCAUUGUUGUGGAGAUGUGAAGACUCUGAGCUUAAACCCUUCACCUGCCUUACACCAAAGGACUUCAUUCAACCUGGCAAAGAAAUGGAGUCUCGUAACGUAACACCAACCUUUCCACUUUGCCAUUGAGGAGGUCUCUCGGCACUCAAAGUCUUUCAAAGAGAGCCUGAUACUGAAGCCCAUGCAAGGGACAAUACCCCCAGAGACAAGUUCCCAGUGGCCAUAUCUUUCACACCUACACAGGAGGGUGUGAUGACAUUUAACCUGCGCAUGGUGAUCAGAGGAAAAAUUCAGCCACUCACUAUGAACGUGAAAGGGGAUGGCUACAGCAUGAAUGUCUGUGUCCAAUAUGAGAGUCCAGAAGGGGCCAUGACUGAACUCUCUGCUACUGAUAGUCAUUUUGUGGACUUCAAACAAGUGGAGCUGAGUAGUAAGUCCACGUGUGCCUUUGUGGUGUCCAACCCAGGGAGGUUCAAUGUGGAUAUGCAGUAUGAGAUAAAAAGGCCUGAAGAGCUGCACUGCCACCAACAGGUGGAGUCCACAACAGCUGUGGUGCUAGUGGGAAAACAUAAUCGAUGCAUCCUCAGCUUCUUACCCCUGAAGAAGUGUGACCUCAAACAUAUGGGCUUCUCAAUCAAGGUAAAGGACGGCUCUGUUUUCCGUUGCCGUCUGCUGGGUUCUACCACCAGCCUGGGUCUGGAGUUUUCUUUUCUCAAGUACAACUUUGGAAAGACCUUCAUUUACUCUGCUGGCAUGGUGCCUGCCACAUGCACACUGCUUAUCAGCAACAAAGGCGAAAGAGGAAUCAGUGUGGACUGUUUAUUCUCCAACACUCCUUUUCUGGAAGUGAGCUUCAUACCUGCUAUCAUACCAUAGCUCCAUACUGUUGGUAGCAUGGAGGUGCCUUUCUACCCACGAGAAGCAAUGCCCUACCAUGAAAAGGUGGUCUUUGAGAUAAAUGAGUGUUCCAUGCAGGUAGUGGAGAUCAUGGGGCAAGGAAUCGAGAUGAAGAUUGACGUAGAGGAUCCAAAAUUAAAGAUUGUGAAGCUUGGAACUCUAAAGGUGGGCCAGAGGAGCAAGAAGCUCAUCCCUGUCUUCCUUGACCUUCUCUCUCCUCUUCACACCCUCUGCACAGACUCUACUGAACUCUAAGGUCCUGUCAGUGAAUCCAAGUAGGAAGGUGACGCUGAAGGGUGGAGGGGGAAAGUGUGUGGUGGAGGUGCUCUUCAGCCCUCAGCGACGCAUGGCCCCGUUCAGUGAGGAGGUGCAACUGAAGUGUUUGGGCACCAUACGCCCCCUACUGGUGCUGAAAGGCUGCUGCUGCCAGGGUGUGGAGGUCACACUGGACCAGAACUACUUGUCCUUUCAAGCUGUGGCCCAGCGUUGCCAAGCCACACGUCCUAUUAUGCUGCAAAAUACAGGAGACAUUGGGGCUAGGUGCAUAUAUACAUACACAUAUUCAUAUCGACCAUCAUGUGCAUGGUAUGGUCUUGAGCAGGGAAGUCAGACUCCAAUCCUGAAAGGCGACAUUAAUACAUGGUUCAGCAUUUUACUUCAUUUAACAUCCCACAUCAGCUAAUAAACCCUUUUGCAAAGUUCGAGAUUCUACUCAACAGACAUUUGUUGGGAGUAGGAAAGACAGCAACGGCACAAUUUAUGAAUGACAAUGCUGAAUUUUGUGAUUAUUUUGUGAUUGUGAUUAAGAGGAAGAAGAAAAAUAGUUCUUCAAGCUGACACUCCCACUGUAGAAAAUGAAAUAAGUGCUACUCUUCAUUCUGUUUUUUUUUUUUUUUUACUGUUCACAAUGUCCAUGAAUACAUUAUUAAAUAAUAGUUUGUUUUACCAUGAUAUCAUUAUAUUCAAUAAAGUUCUCUCUUUACAGAUGUAAUCAUUU